AUGUCCACCACCCCCGAGAACGAGGCCACGCGCGCGGAGGAGCGGUCGCGCUGCUGGACCACCAACGUCGAAGAGAACGCUGCGGAUGAAUCGGAGCACCAGCACAGCGGAGGAGGAUUCUUGUCCGGAUUAUCCGGCAUCACUGUCACGACCGAAAUUUCUAUCCAACCCCACGAGGAGAACACAGAAACGAUGACUACGACAACAGCAACAACAAACUCCGAGACUGGCCCGAGGAGUGACGACAAGAAGACAGAAGACAGCCAUUAG